AAAAGACUUCACCUCACACACAAGCUGACAUAGCCCACCAUGUCGACCAAACGCAGGAAAGUCUCUUCGGGAAAUGGGGCCAUAAAAGAAGCCUCAAUUCAGAUACAAAAGCCCAAAACAAAACCCCCGCCUGCAGCAACACAGAAUGAGCCAUCCCCGGCGCCAAAUUCGGAGGCCGAGUCUGAGACUAUAGACGAUGCAUCGGGAGAGGGGAGCGAGGAGCCUGCCCCAAAAAACGGCAUCGUUGACGCCCUCUGCGAAGCCUGCGACCAGCUUGGAUACAAGAAACCGACACCGAUCCAGCAAGAAUCGAUUCCGCUUGCCUUGCAAGACCGCGACAUUAUCGGCCUUGCGGAAACCGGUAGCGGUAAAACGGCGGCAUUUGCACUCCCGAUUCUCCAAGCCCUUCUCGAAAAGCCCCAGCCUCUGUUCGCCCUCGUCCUCGCCCCCACAAGAGAACUGGCAGCCCAAAUCGCGCAAUCCUUUGAGGCGCUGGGCUCUCUAAUCUCGCUCCGGUGUGCUCUGGUUUUGGGUGGCUUGGAUAUGGUGCAACAAGCCAUUGCGCUGGGAAAGAAGCCGCACGUGGUGGUUGCGACUCCCGGUCGGCUGUUGGACCACCUGGAGAAGACGAAGGGUUUUAGCCUGCGCAAUCUUCGCUACCUGGUUAUGGACGAAGCUGAUCGUCUCCUCGAUAUGGACUUCGGCCCAAUCCUGGAAAAGAUCCUCAAGUUCCUCCCUAGAGAACGGAGAACCUUCCUUUUCUCCGCCACUAUGUCGAGCAAAGUCGAGAGCCUGCAGCGCGCCAGUUUGCGCGACCCCCUGAAAGUCAGCAUUUCGUCAUCGAAGUACCAGACCGUCUCGACCCUCGUUCAAAACUACGUAUUCGUCCCGCACACCCACAAAGACACCUACUUGAUCUAUCUAUGCAACGAAUUCGCGGGCCAAACCAUCAUCAUCUUCACCCGCACCGUGAUCGAGACCCAGCGGAUCGCCAUUCUGCUGCGCACGCUCGGCAUGGGCGCCAUCCCGCUGCACGGCGGCCUCUCCCAGUCGGCGCGUCUCGGCGCCCUCAACAAAUUCCGCGCCGGUUCCCGCGACAUCCUCGUGGCCACCGACGUUGCCGCCCGCGGUCUCGAUAUUCCCAACGUCGAUUGCGUCCUCAACCUAGACCUGCCAGGGGACUCCAAGACAUACGUCCAUCGCGUGGGCCGUACGGCGCGUGCCGGCAGGUCGGGGCACGCAAUCAGUUUUAUAACACAAUAUGACCUCGAGCUCUGGCUGCGCAUUGAGGCGGCAUUGGGUACUAAGCUCAAGGAGUAUCCCUUGGAAAAGGACGACGUCAUGGUGUUCAAGCCACGUGUGGAAGAGGCGCAGCGGAUAGCAAAGAUUGAGAUCAAGGCGCUGAUGGACGAUCGUGGGAAGAAGGGUUCGGUCUUGAAGGGCGGGAAGGGGCGGAAGAGAGGGCCACCUGGGUCGAAUCGGGAUCAUAUGGAUGCUGAGGAGGGUUAAGUAACAAACAGCGAGCCGGAGUUGUGGAAGUCUGAUCGGAAAAGUUGAGUUUGUAAAUUGGUUCACGGAGUUAGGCAGUGAUAUGGCGUCCA